UGUUUGUAUUUAUCAAAUGUUCAGAUCUGUAACUCAAGCCACAGCAAAGAACUUUUUUUUUUAAAAAAAAAAAAAAAAAGGAGAGAAUGAGUCCAAAUUCAGCAACAAAAAGAAAUGCAGAAAUUGUGUUGCAGAUAAACCCUUGAAAUGAAGGAAAGGGAGAGAAAACCUAACAAAGUCAUCUCAGGGUCAGAGCGUAGUUGGCCAACAGGGCUCUAAAAUCAGAGACUAAUCCUAGUGUAAGAAGCUGCAAUCUGUAGAGCAGGGUAUCAUCUAAUAUCUCAGAUUAAUUAAUUGUUUUACCUGUGGGGAUGGUAACUCUCAUGGCUGGGCAGAGUGCCAGGCCGAGGGUGCAGAGGCAGAAAAUCCCCUCUGCAGUAAACUUGCUGCAACGUGGAUUAAAGCAGCUCAUGGUCCUCAGUGCUGCAGAGGGGACAUAGCUGCAGGAACACGUGUGUGAGCGAGACCACCUCGGUCUCAGCUUCCUUUCCAUCCCAUUGCCUUAUGGCAAUGUUAUCCUUGUCCUUCAGGAGCUAGAUAGAAAGCAACACAUUCAUUUCAUAUAGGACAACUGUGAGACUGUCAGAUCUUUUCUGAUGAGAAUCUGUGGUGCCCUGGUGAAAAGCUCUGGGUAUCCUAUUACUGCCCUUCCAGCUAUUUUAUCUUUCCGUGAUCUUUAUGCCUCAUAGCACAGGGAUAGGAAGACCUACUAAAACACAUAUUUCCAUAGAAACCGUGUCCUAGCUGAUGGGGAAAAAUUGAUGGUACGCUUCUCAUGAGUACAGACCAGAGCUUUGAUUUGUCUAAAUGAAGUGGCAUGGUCUUGAACCUGGUUUCUCAAAUGUGUUGCUUUCUCUCUGCUUCAGGAGGGUAUAAGGACAUUUUUCCCCUUUCGGCAGAGUGAUGGCAGCAGGGAAGGGGGGUGCUUCUUCACCCUCCCUGGAGCACUCUGCACUGGCACAGGGCAAGCAGGAGGGCUAGGGCAUCCCACGGUUUGAAUGCAGGUUCAGGAAACUUAACGAGCUAGAAAAAGCUUAGGGUUUUUUUGGAGCUUCUUUGCUAUUUCCUUUUUCACUCCUUCUAUUUCUUUUCUCUUUUAUCUGAGUUUAAAAGGAUUUGUUUGUUUGCUUUAACAAAACUGCAUUUAAGUCAUAUUUAGGUGGAGUGUGGCUUAGUAAAUAAAUGAUGCUACUAGGGGGAAAUUAAGAGCUACUUGGUAAAAGGGAAAUAAAUCUGGCUGUACAUGCACACUUGCAGACUUGUGUUUGCAUAAAAUUCCUGUCCUGGAAAAAGAUCUAAAUUAAAAAUUUGGGAGCAAGCACUUCUAGAUGAUUCUGAUUUCUAUCUGUACUCCGUAGCUUAGGCUGUCUCUGAUUUAUGGCUCUGAAAGUUUUGGGUGAAUAUUGCCUUUUGACUUUGUUCUUUUAAUUUUCCUUUUCAAUCCAAAUAUCUUCUGAUUCUAAUAAACACUAGAAGAAAUGUCCAGACUUUUGAAGAUAUGUUUCUUAUUGAUAUCAGUGAAUCAUGCUGAGAUUACACGCAGUCAGAACUCUGAAGAUUUGCCUCCAUUAUUACACAAAGCUGUGGAUGAAGUAAUAACUGGGAAGUAUCUGAAUGCUCUCCUUGAUAUACUUCAUUUUCAAAGUUCUAAUGUCUGGACAGCAGAUAUGCUUUCAAAAGUCAUGGCAUAUUUUAAUGCCCAGGAAGUUAUGUUUACUCUUAGCAGCCUACAGAUGUCCAUAAAAAGUUACCUGAAGAACCUUUUAUACCAGCCUAGGCAACUACUAUCCGAAUUCCAACAGCUUGAUCAGCAGCAGUUCCGAACUGCAAUGAAGUAUCUCUUCAACAGCAGAAAGGACCAUCUUGAAAUGGGAAAUGUUAUUCUUGAUUGGGGCAAGACUAGAGAGAGAAUUUUUCAAAGCCCAGGAGUAAACAGGACCUUGUUCCUUAUAACACUGGAUAAAUGCUUUCUGGCUCUGAGUGCUUUGGACUGUGUGGAUAUCCUAAGCCAGGUUUUGCGUCUGUCAGCAGUGAACUAUCUCCAACCUGAUGUCAUUGGGAACCUCCCAAACGUUCUGCUGGAGGAUGCUUUCAGAAACUUAUCAACAGUAUUCAAGGACCUCUAUGACAAAACCUCAGCAAAUACACAGAAAGCUCUGUAUGGCUGGAUGAAGCAGAUGCUACAAAAAUCCUAUAACAGGAGUGAGUUCAAUGAAUCAACUUCUUGGGUCAGUGCAGAAAACUUAUGGAUUUUGGGAAGAUAUAUGGUCCAUCUCCCGUUAGAAGAUAUUCUGAAAAUUAGUCUCGAUGAAAUAAGACUAUUCAUUAGCUAUGACAAUGCCACGAAACAGUUGGACACGGUGUAUGACAUCACACCAGAGCUUGCACAAGCUUUCCUGGAAAGAAUAAACUCAUCAGGAUUUGAUAUGAGAAACACUUCAACUAUCUACAGGCUGGGUUUAUUGGUUUGCUUUUAUGAUGACAUGGAACAGAUGGAUGCAGCUGUGGCCCGGGCUUUACUUCAUCAAAUGAUUAAGUGCAAUCACUUGAGAGGUUUCCAGGCUGAGGUUCAGAAGCUCAAAUCUCAGCUACUGAACACUGCCAUGCAAAACCAGACAUUGAAUGAUAUCGUUGGAUCUCUGUCAGAUGCUGUGGUUGGACUAACUUCAAGUCAGCUGGAAUCUUUGUCACCUAAAGCGGUGCAUAAUGCUAUUGCAACAUUAAACCAAGUCUCUGGGUGGGCAAAAAGCCAAGUUAUGAUUUUAUCCAGUAAAUACCUCUCUUAUGAAAAGGUCUUAUCAUUUUAUAAUGUUAGUCAAAUGGGCGCGUUGGUAACUGGUAUUAGCACCCAGUCAUUCUACAGCAUGAACCCGAAGGAGCUUUCUCAGAUUAUUCGAGGCACAACAUCCCAGUACUUAUCUGACUUGUCGCCUGCGCAACAGCAAGGGAUCCUCAGGAAGAUAGCUGCAUCUGGAGAUUUUUCUUCAUCAGUCAAAGACAUACAAGGAGCUUUCUUUAAAGAAAUAUCUCUUUCUGGGUUAUGGAAGCAGACUGAAUAUAAUUCUUCAAUGAUGAAAGAAAAAGAACUCAGAAGAAGCCAGGCUUUGUAUCUGUAUGAAUUGCUGUCUAAGAAAAACUAUCCUGUUGACCUUCUAAGCACAGGACAGCUUGUGAAAGGAGUAACUUGUCAAGUCAUUGAAAGUAUGGGCACAGACAUUUUUUUAAACAACUUUAAAUUCUUUGAAAUGAAUCUUCAUCUGCUUUCUCCAUAUCAGGUUAAUUGUUUGGCUUGGAAGUUUUGGAAAGUCUCCAAUGCAUCUAUUCCUCCUUUCCUCUUACUGGUGCUUCCGACUGAGUACCUGGAGUAUGUUUCAGGCCCUUUGUGUGUCCCUUUCAUUGGAAGUCUGGGGAAGAUUGAGAUGGACCUUUUCAAUCCAAGCCUUCACAAAAAGAACGCUGUCCUGCAAAAAGUACAGGAGUGCUUGAACGGCUCUGUUGCUGAUGAAUAUGAUGUUGACCUACUUGGAAAUCUAAUCUGCCACUUACCUCCAGACUUUCUGCACGACAGAAUGUCCCUGAAGGCAAUGGCAACAGCCCUUCAUCAAUUCAAACUCUGCCAAGAGCUCAGCCACGAGCAGAAGACUGAAAUUAAAUACAAACUCCUUGAGUUAUAUGGCUCCCCAAACGACUGGACAGCUGAAACAACAUUAGAUGUUGGACCAUUCAUAGCUCUGCUGUCAAAAGCAGAAUUAAAUGCCCUUGCUGAAAAGUUCCCAGGUACCAUUUUACAAAUAGCAAAGACAAUAGGACCAAUUUCUUCAUCUGAAGAUCUUCUGUCAACUGUUUUUGAAUCUGUCUCCAAUGCCACUGCCGACACUGAAUCAUCUCUCACCAGACCUGAUUGCAUGGGAACCAGAGCUCCUUCUUCAGAUGAAAUUAUUAAAUUAGCGGAAGCAAAUGUCUUUUGGUCAGUUCAGGAACUGGAAUGCAUGGAUGCAGAAACUUUUGACAAGAAUGUGGAACUUCUUGGGACUGUCUCUGGUUUUAACAGCUCCCAGCUUGUUGCCUUGAAGGAAAAAGCCAAGCAGGUUUGGGGAUCGCUGGCAGGCUGGAAGAGUUAUCAUAUUGUUUCUCUGGGCCGCAUUGCUCUGGCACUCACCGAACAUGAAAUCGAAGAGCUGGAUUUACAUUCUGUCGACACCAUUUCUGUCCUUAGUCAGCAAACAGGAUGGACUGUUACCCAGGCAAGAUCUGUUUUGCAAGGUUUUCUAGAAGACUCUGGCCAGGCAAUCAGUACACUAAAAAGCUUUGAUUUAGUUGGAUUGGGAGCUAUUCUCUGUGCUUUGAACUCCACGGAAAUCAUGUCCAUAAAGACCGCUGAAUUCAGUGCUGCUGUUGCAAGAAUUGGCCUGUUGUUUUGCAGCACCCCUGUUCUGAGGCAGUUUAAGGUGAUGACAGAAUCUGUGUUUGGUACCACUACGAGCUGGAACAACUCUGUUUUACAGGAAAUUGGUACUAUAGCAGGUGGUUUGAAUGAGGAUGAAUUAAAAGCUUUUGAUAAAAACUUGAUGCCGUAUUUCCAGCCAACAGCAGUAAGACGUAUACCUCCUGAAAUUUUCCAAGCAUUGUCCUCGGAACAGAUAGCAAACCUGGGCCCUGAAAAUGCUGCCGUGGUUACCAGAUCACAGCGUGAGCAUCUGGAUGCAUCACAGCUCCAGAGCCUUCAGCUGGCGCUGGAUGGAGCCAGGACAAGCACCCUAGAGUCACCAGAUGGUGCAAGCACUACCCAGGCAGGUCACACCCCAGCUCCAAGUGGCGCUCCUUGUUUGAGUAGCUUUGGCAUCUGGUUGUGCUCUGUGUUUACACUGCACCUGCCUUUCUGAAUCCACGGCUGUUAAGUUUGAGUGUCCUGGAGCUUACAGAGGAGAUGCUAGAGAUAAAGAGUUGCAGCUCAGCAUGAAUAGUAGAAUCAAGAGGAGGCUCCGAGAUGCCCGAGUGCAAAGUAGUUAAUUUCUUAAAAGCAACACCUCCAUCUGCCAUCAUGAUGUGAAGUGUCCCCUUUCCUUACCUUUACUAUUAACAAGUAACACAGUGUCCCUCCAAACUUCAGACAAAUUUCAAACUGGAAAUGGCUUACUGGUCUCAUGAGAAAGUCACUGAAAGAUAGGCUUAUGUGUUAGGGAGGACCCUGAAUGACCUAGGGGACAGGUAGCAGGUGACUGUUAUUUGAAGGCUGUCGAAUUGUACCCAGUGCUUUUUACAUUGGCUAAUUUGGUCACACUUGUUUUCAUCUGUUGGAUUUUCUUCUUAUACUGUGAGUGUUCACUGCUCUGGUCAGAGGCUAUUUUUCUGUGUGAGGUAGUAAAAACCAUAUUAAAAAUUACUGCUGUUGCAGUAAAAUAACUGCAUCUCUGGGCUGCUGGUUUAAAUGCUGCUCAGAUAAGAAGUAAUGACACGUUCUUCUAAGCAUCUGUGAAAAAUGUAGUUCCCUGUGACCAUAUGUAUUUGACACAGAAGGCAAAUGCACCAUGGAAACCUGCUUGUGUUCAUCAUGAGAUAGUCCCUUCACUUCAGGCGGGGUUGAAGCAUACACCUGGCAGUAGUAAGGGAAAACUGUUCACUGGGUCUGCAUACUACUAGGACUGUCAAGCCAGUACGUUCCACAAGCUGUAUAAUAACUAAUGUUUCAUAAUUAUAAACCACAAAUAUUUUCAUGUGUUUUACCAACAUAUGGCUUACGUGUUUAAUGUUUUUCAUGCUGUGCCUGAGUAUUUAAACAGUGGAAAAAAAAGAGACAUUAAAAAUCCUCUGCAUGUGAA